AAAAGCUUCUGAGACACUGUAACUGGAUGUAUCUGUGUGUGAGGUGAUUAUAGGUCUUUCCUCAUUCAAUGUUGGUAGUCUUACUCCGGAUUUGUCCAAAUAUGUGGAUAGUAUGUGUAUUUCAGAGACACUUCUUGUGCAGCUGUGUCACUGGUGUGUACAGUUAGGAGGUAGUGCCAUCACUGGUACACUAUCAAGUGAGUAAUUGACACAGUAACUUCUCUUUAGUACCUUUUAUACUAUAAACACACCUUUUCAUGUUACAUGUUACAACCAGUUCUAUUCGAUCAAAGGUUUAUGUUGUUAUUUAUAGCACUAAAGAUGGUGUGUUUGCAUAUGUGAGCACAAAAGACUUGGUUGAACAGAUUAGAUCUUUACAUUGGGAAUUGCUUUUGUUGCAAGGGCUUCCUAUCUGCUAACUGUAUGUAUGGCAGGGAACUGAUUCUGCUCUCACUGCAAACAAGGAAAAUGCAUGUUCUGACAAACUCUGAGCCUUUCCCACUUAACUGUUCAGACUGUGAGGUGCCUAAAUAUAUACAUUGCAAAGAAUAGGCAUUUCUGGGACUCAACAUUUGCUCUGUUGGUGCUUAACUCCCUGAAGACUUUUCAUGCUGUUUGCUGUAGUGCAAUCUUGACUCUUACUCAAAAGGGCCAAUAACUGUGUUCAGAAAUAAGAAUUUUACAGCUGACAUAUGUGAAUAGUCAAAGUAUACAUGAAAAGCUAUGUUACAAAAGCCGUUUCAUGCAGUCAAGACAACUGUGGAAGAUGGGCGCAAGAACACAAAAAUCUUCACUAAUGAGCAGAUAGUGUAUAAGAGUGUAGCAAAACAUAGUAAGCUUUUAGCAGUUUGGCAUUUCACAUUGGUCAUUAACCUGCUUAUGGGUUCACCCCAAUCUGAACAAAAAGCAGGUCAGCUGCUGUCCUGCUCAGUGGGAGAGAAGGGUUCUUGGCAGAUGGUUCCCCUUUCCCACUGCUUAAAGGAGGGCUACCCUGUAAUGCAGUGUUAGUACUCUGCUAACCAUAAUUAGCCGUAAUUAGCUCCUUUAGUAUAUGGCCAAAGUGUGAUAGGCCUUAUCAGAAUAUCUAUUUUUGGUGAGACAAUUAAAUGAUCCUGGUUUCAGGUCACUCUGUCCUGGUUUCGUAUCAGUGGCAGUGUCAUGUCAGUAAAAAAAUCCUAUGCGUAUCAGCAAAAAGAUUCCUCACAGCUGCAGUGAUCAGCAAAAAAAGGGAGUUUAAGACUUUGUAUUGCACAAGGUUGAGCAAUGAGGAAAUCCGUGUGUUAGCUGCUGCGAGGGCAUAAACCUGCAUUAGCUAUAGCAGUCCUGUGGCAAGGCUUUGGCAGCAUUAGAGAUGGUUCUAAUAGAGUUCUGUGGCUUUGGCUUCAGUACUACAGGAAUGUUGUAUGCUAGAAAAUAUAUACUAUUCCUCUUGGUUCUCCUCUUCCAAGCCUGUCUUCUGUUUCCACAGUAGUAGUGGUCUUGUGACAGAAUCACAGAUUUUAAUAUAUGUGGGGGUUUUGCCGGUAUUGCUGACAUAGAUUCAGUUUUCUCUAAUCUCUGCUCUCUUUCUAUUGUAGUUGUUCUCAGUUAGCCAAAGCUGGCGAGUUCAGUUCCAGUUAAGAUUAAGUGAAGUGCUUGUAGGAAAAAAAUGGCAAUAGUUUUGUUUCUGCCAGAGAGGCAGUGAAAUAACACGCGUCUCAGGCGAGUGAAUAAAUCCCUACUCUGAAGGCCUUCAGAAUAUAAAGCAAACAAGGAUAGAGAAGAGAAUGGUGCCAAAUCUUGAGUGAGCUGUUGCACAAACCUUCAUGCAAUUCCAAGUUGCCAGCAGGAAUACCUGGAGCUGGGAAUAAUAAAAGCAGACUAGGAGAGGAAGGAGGAGUAUUGGGGUACAAAACAAGCUAGGAGAGAGAUUGUGGUGGUUCUUUCCUUGGUAGAGCAGAGUAGCACAAGAAACAGUCAAGGUCAUCAGUAACAGAACUGUAUAGAACAGCAGUCAUGUGCUGCUAAUGGAAGUAAUUAAAUGUACCUCUGAACUACAGAUGGUGAGGGAAAUCACCCUGACUCUUAGUGCAAAACUGUCUAUGUGUGAACACAUGAGAUUUGAUUUGAUUUGAUUCAAAAUACCUGAGUAUUCAAAGUAAUAUUUACUCUUCUGAGGUAGUCUUACUUUGAAAAGUGUUCCAGGAAGAUGAUUAGGGUAUCUGGAGUAAGAAAUCAUAGAGCUGCGUAGUUACCACCAAAAUGAUGUUUUAUGUUAAUUCUUAAUAUAUUACUCAGUUUUAUCCUUUAGCUGAAGGGCUGAGAAUGAACAUGGCAGUCGGAUGUCAUAAUAAUAGCUGUAGUCUUAUUUUUUCCACUGACAUGUUCAGAGUCAUUUGCCUUCUGAAAUACAUUUGCAACUAGCAUCCCGUCUGAGUCAAAAUGAAAGCGAAAAGACUCAAUUUGUAGUUGAGUGUUAAGUUUAUGGGUCACAAGUGUUCUUUAAAUCCACUACUUAUGGUCAAAUUAGUUAUGAAGACAUCUGCUUUGACUAUUUGUCCUGCUGUUUUACACAUCUAUGCUUUCUGAUGAUUGCAUCGUAUUUGCAAUUGAUUAUUAUUGGGGUUGGAACUAGAUGAUCUUUAAGGCCCCUUCCAACCCAAACUAUUCUAUGAUUAUAAUAAUUUACAUUCAUUUACAUAGUAAGAACUGAACUUUCUUCAGUAAAGCAAACCAAAUAGUCUUAAAAGCUCAUAGGACACAACAUCUAAUACUUUAGCUCUACUACACCAAUAACAGAACAUCAGCCAGGAUGUGAUCGCAAAUGGAUUUGGCACAAGAUAGUUGGGAGAGUAAAUAACGAGGAGAGCCAGUAGCAACUGGCAAGAUGAAUUUGCAUUUGUUUUUCUCUGCAGUUUUAGUUUCGACAAGGCUGAAAAUUUUUAAUCCACUUACAAUUGUGAAAUUUGAUGGUUUGUGAUGGAUGUAUGACACUAGAUAAGAUGUUGACCCAUGUGUAAAUGAGAAAACAUGUAUUUAGUGUUUAACUCCAUCUUUAAAGUGUUCCUUUGAAAUAUUAGGGGGAAAAUAAAUCAGAAGGCAUACAACUAAACAGAUUGAAGAUCUCAUUUUGCAUUAUUUGAAAAAAAUAGUCUCUGUUUUAAUGUGGAAAAAGCUGGAAGAUUCAUAAGUUUGAGAUGAAUGAUGUAAUGUGUUUCAGUAAGUGACUUGUACUCCAUUUCAGUAGAAGCUACUUUUUUAUUGAUUGAAAUAAUCUUUAUCAUUGUCACGUCUUUAAGGCUAUUCUAGUUCAGACAUGUCAAGUCAGGGUUUCUGCAGUGCAGUAUACAGCUGUUGGCCUUAUAAUAAAGGGAGAAUAUGAUUAAGUUUUCCCUCCAGAAAGGUGUGCCUCUAUCUGCAUGUGCGAACCCUUGUGUGUUACUAGAUGCAUAGAUAUUGAUAUAUAAUUUGGGUGAUUGUUUACUGAUCUUGGAAAGUCCCCAUACUCAGGUUUUUUGUUCUCUUAGUUGAUAAGUUUAUUGUUGGAAUAACAAAAUCUUUUGUAAAAUCAGUGUUACUCCAAAAAAGUGCAAAAAAGUUCCCCCAUGUCCCCAGCUAGAUGAGCAGCUUUAUCUUAAUUGAUCCAGACUUUUUAAUUUUCCUGCUCUGUAGUACAUGCCUGCAGUAUACACUGAGAGUUUAAUGAGCAGCAGGGCAAAUGAAUGGUAGUGCAUUCUGAUAAUUAUGUAGGGCCUGUUCUUUUUGCAGCUGAUAACCCAGUAACCAAAGGUACAUUUGCAGUUUAAGCUUGUUCUGAUGCAAGAUUGUUACUUGAAUGGAUUAUUUCUUACUUGAACUUCUAGAAAAUGGGUGUUUUUCAGAGUGGCUGAUAAUUAUCGGUAUGUCCUUGUGCUAAAAAAUGUUAUUAGCAGUAACUUGUGUUUGGUAGGCAAGUGAGAAUUUCCUGGAGACUUGAGAAGGUGGUUCUUUUUUUUCCAAAUGGUCAAUUCUGAAGCAGAGGAAAAAGUUUCUCAUUUCUCUGUUCUUGGCCACUGUUAAAUACAGUUGCUAAUGGAGGAAUCUGGGUUGAAACGACUGAGUUUUUCCAUAUAUAGGCUGCAUUCUUAGGUAAUUCCACGAAAUCAGGUAGUAGGAACAGGGCAUGAACUAUAGUAUCAGUUAAAAGUCAAGAGUUGGAUGAAGGGGAUUCUAGAGCAAGUAUCUCUUUGUAUUGCACUUAGCAAGAGCCCACACUGCAUUGGUAACGUGCAACCCUGUUACAAGAUCACUCAUAAAUUACCUGUAUUGUGAUUUGGAGUCGUGGAGAAUUCACAGUCUUUCCACAAUGGGAGAAAGGACAGAUUGUACGAAGUCACAUACUUCCCUGGCUGAAUACAGCCCUGUCAAUAAAUCAGACAGGACAGAUCCAAGUAAUAGCUGUGAAAUGCAGGAUGGAAACCAAAAUACAAUGCAACUGAAAAAAGAAAUAUCUUUGAUAAAUGGGAUAAGCCUUAUAGUAGGCAACAUGAUUGGUUCAGGUAUCUUUGUCUCUCCCAAAGGAGUUCUCAUCUACAGCAAAUCAUAUGGAUUGUCUCUAAUAAUUUGGGCAAUUGGAGGGGUUUUUUCAGUCUUUGGAGCCCUCUGCUAUGCUGAACUUGGAACCACUAUUACAAAAUCAGGAGCCAGCUACGCAUAUAUCUUGGAGUCAUUUGGGAGCUUCAUUGCUUUUAUUCGAUUGUGGACCUCACUUCUCAUUGUUGAGCCAACUAGUCAGGCGAUUAUUGCCAUCACCUUUGCUAACUACAUAGUUCAACCUUUCUUCCCUUCUUGUGAUCCUCCAUAUUUGGCUUGCCGUCUCAUAGCAGCUGCUUGUGAAUGUCUUCUAACAUUUAUAAAUUGUGCCUACGUUAAAUGGGGAACACGUGUACAGGAUAUAUUUACUUAUGCUAAAGUCACUGCUCUUAUUGUCAUCAUCAUAACUGGACUUGUUAAAAUAUGCCAGGGACAUUCGGCACACUUUGAGAACUCUUUCGCGGGAUCUUCUUUUGAUAUUGGAGACAUUUCCCUUGCACUCUAUUCUGCCUUGUUCUCGUACUCUGGUUGGGAUACGCUCAAUUUUGUAACAGAAGAGAUCAAAAACCCAGAAAGGAACUUGCCACUGGCUAUUGCUGUGUCUAUGCCCAUUGUGACUGUUAUCUAUAUUAUGACCAAUGUAGCUUACUAUACAGUGCUGGAUGUCGAAGCUGUUCUUUCAAGUGAUGCUGUGGCAGUGACAUUUGCUGACCAAGUUUUUGGUAUCUUCAGCUGGACAAUUCCCAUUGCUGUAGCCUUUUCUUGUUUUGGUGGACUUAAUGCAUCAAUUCUAGCGUCAUCAAGGCUGUUUUUUGUAGGCUCUCGAGAAGGCCACCUUCCUGAUCUGUUGUCUAUGAUCCACAUAGAGAGGUUCACACCUGUGCCAGCGCUGCUCUUCAAUUGCGCUAUGACCCUUAUUUACCUGGCUGUGGAAGAUGUCUUCAAGCUUAUUAAUUACUUCAGUUUCAGUUACUGGUUUUUUGUUGGUCUGUCUAUUGCUGGGCAAUUAUAUCUACGUUGGAAGGAACCACAUCGACCCAGGCCUCUUAAGCUGAGUGUGGCCUUCCCAAUAAUAUUCUGUAUAUGCACAGUAUUUCUGGUGGUAGUGCCACUCUACAGUGACGCUAUAAAUUCAUUGAUUGGAAUUGCCAUUGCUUUAUCUGGAAUUCCAGUCUUUUUCUUGGGAGUCUAUUUACCUCCAUCAAGGAGACCUCAGUUUAUCAACAAGGCUUUAGGUGCAGUCACACGGAACAUGCAGCUGCUCUGUUCCUGUGUUUUAACAGAGAUGGACCCAAAUGAAGAAAAGAAGUUAGAAAUAAAAUCCAGCUAAAAUUUCAAAGCCGUUACAAGAAACAGGAGGGAGGAUAAAGCGG